CUCUCUCAUCGGUGUUUGUUUACGUGCCGUUCAAAAGCCGUUCACAGUCGCACAAAAGCGUCCAUCAGUCAAUCGAGUCAAUCGCAUCACACACCUACCCACCACAGGCAUCGGCAUCCCAUCGCACGCACAGCAGCCAGUCUGUGGCGCACGGCACGCCAUACCCAACGUGUACCACACCGCCGACAGACAGACAGACAAGCAAGCUGCUUAAGGCAAGCAGCGCUCCGCUCCAGUCAGGCGCCUGCUGCUCACUUCUUCUUGAUCGCAUCCUUGAUGACACGCGAUUUCUGCGCAUUAUCACACCACAGCAGAUGGUGCGUGGUGCGAGUGCCUUCGGUUCCUGUGUGCUCCUUGGCUGUCGGUCCUAUCUGACCUUUUUCCUGGCCACCAUGACCUUGAAGCGCUCCAGGUCGGUCAGGUUCGCACGGCGCUUCUUGGCAGCGCUGCAUUAAUGAGGGAGGGACACACCAUCACGCGUGGCGCCAUCCCUCCCUGUCUGUCUGUCGUGCUUACAGUUUCUUAGCCCAUGUGGUCUCCUCCCACUUGGAGAGGGUGCUGUCGUCCUCUAGCGCCUGAUCAACACAUACACCCACCUCUCACCCCCCUCUCCAACACACGCACGCCCCACGUACCUGUGCGAGAGAGUCGGUGGAGCAUCCCCGGUCGACCUCGACUCGCAGGUCAGUGAGCCGCAGUCGCUUGUAGGGGAUGGUCUGCCGAACCACACCCGUCAGCGGGCCAUCGAUCAGCGCACGACGGUCAUCCACCACGUCAACUAUCGUGCAGAUCUACAUCACACACACACACCAUCGACACACACACCACAGAGUGGCCAGAGAGAGAACGGCACCACCGGAUGCCUCUCUGGCUGUCUGCCUUGUGGCACUCGUGCACAGCUGUUCUCGCUGCCUCUCCUGGCUUGCCUGCCUCCCUCCCUCCCCUGCUGCAGCGCCCUUGCUGAUCUGAUCUGAUCUGAUCUCCCCUCUCUCUGCCCGCGUUUCUGUCUGUGUCUGUGCGUGUCCUUGCCCAUCUUUCCCCACCUUGCCGACAUCCGGUCCAUCUGACGAGCAGAACAACACGCACACACAGGCACAGACGAGUGAGUGGCGGGUGAUGGCUGGGAUCGUAGCUUUUGUCACCGCUUACAUGUGAUCAGACACACACGGCCAGGCUCCACGAAACGCGUGAACGUCAUUCUCACGCCAGAGGGCAGAGGCUGCGACCCUAAACCCUGAGUCAAACAGGAGAAACCCUGAACCCUAAACCCUGCAUGACAAGAGGGGCGGGAGAGAGAGAGGCGGAGCUCUGGUCGGUAGAGUGAGUUGCGGCGAUCCAUACAUCACAGAGAGGAGAUGUCUGUGCAGGUGUUUUGAGUGUGUGACGGCGGCGCUUGUUCUGUGCGCACCUUGUGUGGCCAUGACGCGGAACCGAUCAGUGGAUGGCGGAGGGUCCGCCAUGGGCUUCUUGAGAGUGAUCUGUUCAUCGCGACACACAUCAACCACACACAAAAGAUCGACCAUCCCGUGACAGACAGACGGCGCCAUGCAGCCGCCUCCCAUCCUUCCUCAUUAUCUCCGCAUCGGCCAGCCCGAGAUACCUGUCCAGCACCCACCUGUAUCUCUUCCUUGCCAUGGCUCUUGCUGGGCGACAGCGCCCGUUCUUGUGUAUGUAGCCGGAAUCGGUGUUUGUCAACGUUCUACAAGGCAGCCAGUGCUCUCUGCUGCCAUCUGUUUGUCCGCCGGUGCCAGUGCAGGGAGGGGUAGACAGGCCGUAUGCAUGCUUUGCAUGUACAUGCUGCUAGUUUAGUGCGUGAGACAACAGGAUCCCUCCGGGGUUACAGACACGAGUCUCGUUAAACACACUAACCAACCAACCUUGCGUGUCCUGGGCCUUCAGCGUGCCGUAUCCGGGCAUGUAGAUGUAGUUUAGGGGCGCAGUGGUCUGGAUCUUGUAGGCCACGGGAGCAUUGGUUGUGUUCUCAAGGCGCAGGUUGGCAGUGACAGGGCUGUCCAGCUGCACCGGGAACUCUAUGGUCUUCUCUAGCGUCACCGACAGCAGCGGCGUGAGGAUGAUGUUCACACCUUCACGUUUUGCCAUCGACAGGAACAGUCGGAACAACCUGG